CAGCUCUAAUCGGCGCACAGCAUACUGUCACCUUAACGUUGUGAUGACUACAGCCACAAUGGGAGUUUUGAUACUUAAUCCAGACAAGUUUUCAGAGCUCUCAUCGCCGGAAACGUAUCUCUAAAGGACGAAAGCAGUCGGUGUGGCACGCUCACGGCUCGAUCUCGCAUGAUUUACAUGCAGGAUGUCAGUGUUGCUGAAAAGCCGGUAAGAUAGUGCAAAGUGAGUUUGCUUAUGUGAGCUGCCUAUUCAGCAUCACACAAAGGGAUCUACUGAGUUCAGAUUGGGUUUGAAUGUCAUAAAGAAACAACUUCUACUCGUCAACGAAAUGGAUCACUUCGCAGCUGAGUGCCUUGUGUCAAUGUCCAGUCAAGCAAUUGUCCACGGUCCAAAAGGGAACCGAGAGAUCAAGCCCGAAACUGCGGCUGCACAGAGGAAUGGAGAAGAAACCAAGGAGCCUUUGAAGGACAACUCAUCUCUUUUUGUGGUGGCGAGAAUUCUGGCGGAUUUUAAUCAACAGACCCCCACCAAUUUUGCCGAGCAGGCAAAAAUAAAGGAGGAGAGCACGCCACCAACAGCAACCCUAACCAGAGAUGAUGGGAACUCUGCCACACCUACCACCACCAUCACCGGCUACCCUGCUCUUAAACAAAGAAGCAAACGAUCCAGGGGUCGAAUUGAACAAGAACCCCCACAGAAAAAGCACAAAUGCCACUAUUCAGGUUGUGAAAAAGUUUAUGGCAAAUCGUCCCAUCUCAAAGCCCACCUAAGGACACACACAGGAGAGCGCCCCUUUCCCUGCACCUGGCCUGACUGCAUUAAGAAGUUUGCUCGCUCUGAUGAACUGGCACGGCACUAUCGCACCCACACGGGCGAGAAGAAGUUCGGCUGCCCCCUGUGCGACAAACGUUUCAUGCGGAGCGACCACCUGAUGAAACACGCACGCCGUCAUUCCGACUUCCAGCCGGCCAUGCUGAAGAGGCAGCACGGCGGUGGCAAUGCCACCGUCUCAAGCAGCACGCGUCCCGGCUCCCUCAGCGAUUACAGUCGAUCCGACGCCUCAAGCCCCACCCUUAGCCCCACCCUCAGCCCAGCCAACUCGCCUUAACCUGGCCGCACUUUCUUCCCACAGCGUCUGGGUCUCCAGGCUCAUUUUUUUAUUCCUCUCUAUCCAUAAUUUUUUCCCUAAAAAAUUACCGGCGUAAUAAGCGCCCAUGCUAAACCCUUCGCUUGCUGUGGUGUACUGUACUGUACAUAACUGCUUCUUGUAGUGCAAUUUUCUUGUGCAACCCCUAAAAGAGAAAACAAAAACAAAAAAGAAAAUGCCUUUUCCACAUGGCAAUAUUUACAUGAUGUACCAUAUGUCUGUAUUUUUAUAGCUUCUGGCCACAGCCUCUUUCCAUUAUGGGUUUUUUGUUGCUGUUUCUUUCAUAUACAACCGCUCUGUUCAAGUGAACUAAAAAGUUGAAAGGUUUGACAGGUAAAGAUGUUUU